UUGGGAGGAUUGGAUAUGCUGGCACCCCCGCAGUCGCGCGGUGGUAGCGCCCUGAAUGUAUCCAGCGGCAGCAUUCGGAAGGGAGUCGGUGAAGGAGCGACCAUGGCGGCGGCGGAGGUGGCUCGGCAGUCGACCGAAGGUGCCCGGAACCUGUUGCUGUCUGCGCACGUUGGCUUUGACAGUAUGCCAGACCAGUUGGUCAACAAGUCAGUGUGUCAGGGAUUCUGCUUCAACAUCUUGUGUGUGGGUGAAACUGGUCUUGGGAAGUCCACCUUGAUGGACACCCUGUUCAACACCAAGUUCGAAAGUGAUCCCGCUUCGCACAGUCAGCCCGGAGUCCACAUAAAGUCCAACAGCUACGAACUGCAGGAGAGUAAUGUCCGCCUGAAACUGUCCAUUAUAAACAGUGUGGGAUUUGGGGACCAGAUUAACAAGGAAGAAAGCUACAGGUCUAUUGUGGAGUUUAUUGAUGCCCAGUUUGAGGCCUACCUGCAGGAGGAGUUGAAGAUCAAGCGUACGUUACACAACUACCACGACAGCCGCAUCCACGUCUGCCUAUACUUCAUCGCUCCCACCGGCCACUCGCUAAAGUCUCUCGAUUUGGUGACCAUGAAGAAACUGGACAGCAAGGUCAAUAUCAUUCCAAUCAUUGCCAAAGCAGAUUCCAUUUCCAAAACCGAGCUCCAGAAAUUCAAGAUCAAGAUCAUGAGUGAAUUGGUCAGUAACGGGGUUCAGAUCUAUCAGUUCCCCACGGAUGAUGAGACCGUUGCCGAGAUCAAUGGAACCAUGAACGCUCAUUUACCUUUUGCUGUCGUUGGAAGUACAGAGGAGAUUAAGAUUGGGAACAAAAUGAUGAAGGCACGGCAGUACCCCUGGGGUACAGUGCAGGUGGAGAAUGAGAGCCAUUGUGACUUUGUCAAACUGCGGGAGAUGCUGAUCCGGGUCAACAUGGAGGACCUGCGGGAGCAGACCCACGCCCGUCACUACGAGCUGUACCGGCGCUGCAAGCUGGAAGAGAUGGGAUUCAAGGACACCGACCCCGACAACAAGCCCUUCAGUUUACAGGAGACGUACGAAGCAAAGAGGAACGAGUUUCUGGGGGAGCUGCAGAAAAAGGAGGAGGAGAUGAGGCAGAUGUUUGUCACAAGGGUAAAGGAGAAGGAGUCUGAGCUGAAGGAGGCAGAGAAAGAGUUACAUGAUAAGUUUGAUCGUUUAAAGAAACUUCACCAGGAUGAAAAGAAGAAACUAGAGGAUAAAAAGAAGAGCCUAGAUGAUGAGAUGAACGCCUUUAAACAGAGAAAGACUGCGGCUGAAUUGCUGCAGUCGCAGGCCCAGCAGUCGGGAAGCCAGCAGACGCUCAAGCGGGAGAAAGAGCGGAAAAAUUAACGCUGUUCACUGCAUGCUGCAUAAGACCCAUCAUUUCUGUUCAGGCUUCCUGUAGAAUCCUUUCCGCAGCAAGUCGGGAAUGAACUCCCCUUUUUUUGUUCCCAAUUACAUUGCCGUGCUUGGUCCCACUCUCUCCCUCCCCAUCCCACCCCCCCCCCCCCCCUCUCCCCACCAUCAUCUCGACCCACCCCCGUCUAUGUGAACAUGCGUGUUUGAGCUUGAUACUAUGGCUAUGCUGAAUGACGGAAUCCAGCAAUAAAUAAUAUGGAACUGACAUAAGGACUCACAAUUUACCACUUCAAUACUUGCAUGGUGCUAAUCAAGCUGCCCGUGAGCCUCGGAGACUGUUACAACUCGGUAAUCCCAACACGAUUCCUUUUGGGGGUCCGUGUGUGAAUUAGAGAACUCAGGAAGCGUUUGCAUGAAUUGUCAUCGUCACGGUCUUUUCCGCGCCACCCCCUUUUGUGCUGCCUAUUUGCUGCUACGGUUUCAGAUUACUGAGCCCUGUGUUGAUAAGACUUAACAAACCUUUUGCUCGUUUUUUAUUUGCUUUUUAUAAGUUGACAUCCAUGGUACUCGAGUGUUCAGCAUGUUACAGAAGGCAUGUCCAUGUUGGCCGCCAAGAUGUAAAGUACAAUACUGGGCAAAACAACGAGUUUGGUUCAAAUGGACUUACUAAGGAGAGUGGAUUAGCUGAAAUGGUGCAAUGAGUGGAAGCUGACAGGGAUUACUAGCUUAUUACCAAUGAAUGGGACCAAGGAAUAUUUUUGAUAAAAUGUUCCCUAGUUUUUUUUUACACCAGAUUUUUACUUUUCAUAACUUUCAGUUUUUUACAAAUUUGUACUGCAACUAUUUUGUACCAGAUUCCUGGCCGUGUCUGUGGCAGUGAAUGGAACCUAAUGUGUAAGGUUUAUUUAGCCCAAUUCUAUUUAAAGUUCAGAGAUUUUUCUUUGUUUAAAUAAGCACUGGAUGGAUUCACCCAAGGGCAUUUCUGUGUGUCUGGAUGUGUGCUUGUUUUUUUUUAAAAUAAGAUGACUUUUUUAUACCUCUUAUCAUGUUAUGGAAGGCAGGCAAAUGCUGCGCAUCGUAACUGUUUAGGUCUAAGUAGGUCCUAAAAUGCAAAUAAAUGUGAAUUGAAUUGUA